AUGACCAGAUUUGGACAAUUUGGUGAAAUCAAUGCUGAGAGUGUGCGCGAUGAUCGCGAGUACCUGAGCCGUGUUGGAUUUGGUACGCCACCACAAUGGUUGGAUGUCGAUAUGGACACAGGGAGCUCCGAUGUAUGGAUCUACACCUCCGACACCAAGAAAAACGUCGCGGGUGACCGCAAGGUCUUCGACAUCGACAAAUCCAAAACCGCCCGCAAGGUCAACAACACCUCCUGGAUGAUCACCUACGGAGACGGCAGCCGCGCCUGGGGCAACGUCUACACAGACCACAUCUCGCUCGGCAACCUAACCAUCCAAAACGCGACCAUCGAGUCGGCCAUCUCGGCCUCCGCAUCUUUGACCGACGAUCCAGACAUCGACGGGAUCUUCGGGCUCGCCUACGCCCUGCCCUCGCAAACCAUCCCCCGCCAGCCGACCGUGCUCUCGGCCAUCGUGCCGCAGCUGGCCGAGCCUAUCUUCACGGUCGACCUGCGGUGGCACAGCGACAAGGGGGCCUACACAUUUGGGUUUGUCGACAAGGGGCGGAUUAAGAAAGGUAAGCAGGUGUACUGGACACCCGUAGUAGGGGACUCGGGGUUCUGGCAGGUGGAUUAUGCCGAUGCGAGGGUUGUUGAUGGGAAGAAUGGUGGCAAGAAGAACAACGAUUACAUCGAAGAGAACAAGGAAAAGAAGAGGAUGAACGGCAAGCUGGGCUCAGGAAACGGCUGGACAGCCAUCGUCGACACAGGCACAACCCUCCUCCUACUCGACCAAGAGACCUGCGCGACGUACUACUCCAAGGUCCCCAACGCGACAUACAACCGGUCGCUCGGCGGGCUGUGGACGUAUCCCUGCCAGCUCUCCGACACAGACACGGGUGCCAAAGGCGGCAAGAUGGCACCGUACGAGCAUCCUAAGGGAUCCAAUCCUAACAAGAGAGGUGGUGCAGGCACGCUGCCCGACUUCGAGAUCGAGUUCGACAACGGGUUUGUGGCGACCAUCCCGGGAGUGUACAUGAACUACUCGAGCCUGCCGGACGACGAGGAGACGUGCAUGGGGGGCUUGCAGAGCUUUGAUAUGGAGGACUUUGGGAUAUUGGGAGACGUUUUUUUGAAGGCGGUUUAUGCCGUGUUUGAUGUGGAAAAGGGGCAGGUCGGGUUUGCGGAGAAGGAGUUGGAGCUUGAAGAGAAGAGUUUGUAG